AUGGCUGAAGCUUAUGAGGCCCAGGUCAGCGCCAGUAGGGCGCUGAAUGGUGGCAACCAAGGUCUGCCACCCAUUGAGGAAAAUUUCGAGGACCUGGACGACGACUUUCUCGAUCUUUACACGAUGAAUCCUAGGCAACGGUUGUGGCAUCAGGUUAGACGCGCCAGAUAUAGGCUGCUCGAGUCAUAUAGUGGGCUGCCAUUAUGGAAAAAAAUUGCAAUAGGCGUAGUAUUCGUAAUGGGCGCCGGCUUCAUGUUGGGCAUGCUGAUAUUUCACAAGAGAAUUCUGAAAGCAAUGGUAGCAAUUUCAGAUCAGCUCCGAGAAAAGUGGUACACGCCACUUUUAUUUGCGUCGCUAGUGUUUCUAGUUUCGUUCCCACCGUUGAUUGGAUUUUCGCUACUGUCUACGAGCGUCGGGCUCAUUUACGGAGUGUCAUUCCGCGGGUGGAUCACACUCUUUAUUGGUUCGGUGUGUGGAUCCAUCGUUGCAUUUGCCCUCUUCAAGACCCUGCUGCGGUCACAAGCGGAACGUUUGAUGCGGGCAAAUUCAAAAUUCGAGGCGUUAACGUCUAUUCUACAGGACAAUGACAGCUAUUUCAUCUUGGCCUUGAUAAGAUUGUGUCCGUUCCCUUACUCAUUCACAAACGGCGCUAUUGCAGGGGUGUAUGGUGUCACGAUCCAAAACUUUUCGAUUGCUAGCGUCCUCACUUCGCCCAAGUUAGUGCUGUACCUGUUCAUAGGCGCUCGUCUCAAAAAUAUGGGGGAGACAGAUUCUCCCACGUCGCGCUUGUUUGACUUCCUAAGUAUCGUAGCGACAGGCCUGGUACUAUUCUUUACUGCUUGGCUGUUGUAUUAUAGGGCUAAAAGAAGAUAUUCAGAAUUACGCAGGGAGCAGCAGCUGGACGUGUCAUUUGAUAAUGUAUUUUAG